CCCUUCUUGCUCUCCUCCCCAGGGUAUGGACGUCACAAGUCUCUUUGAGAAUGUUGGGGCAAGCGCCACUGGCUCCAUCAUCUCAAAGCUCGCUUGUUAUCCCUUGGAUACCAUAGCCGUCCAUUAUCAAACUUCUACACGUCGCCCUUUGCUGUCAAUUCCGCUCAAAGCAUAUUAUCGGGGUAUUGGCGUCACGAUUCUCACCGUCACACCCGCCACUGCGUUGUAUCUGACAACCCGAGAGGCUGCCCAGAUCGCUUUGCUUCCACACCUUGGUGAUGGUGCACUUAAUGAUGCUGCAUCAGGAUGUCUAGCCGAACUAGCAGGCAGUGUGCUCUUCACGCCAAUGGAGGUCUUGAAAGCACGCUUACAGAUCUCAUCUCAUGGCGAAGAAGGCAAGCUCCUCUAUCAACUCCGGGACAUAGCCCGUAAAGAGGGCUUUCGCGGAUUCUACAGAGGAUAUGUGAUGGGGAUUGUAAGUUACAUGCCAUAUAAUGUUUUAUGGUGGACCACAUACGGGAACAUUAGACGAAGUAUGCCGGACCGAAGCAUUGGGACGCAGAUCACAUGUGGAGCUGGUGCAGCAGCUAUGAUCUCUGCAGCAUUUAUUCAUCCGCUUGAGCUGGUCAAGACGAGGUAUCAAGUGGCGACGAGUGAUACUGUUGCAGCUGUGGGUUCAGUGGCGGGUACGCGAAGCUCGGAUCAAGAAGGAUUGAGGCAGGUGGUGAGAAAUGUGAUGAAGGAGAGCGGGCCGAAAGGGUUCUAUGCUGGCUUCUUCCCAACUUUGUUGCGGAGUGUGCCUAGCUCGAUUAUAAUGAUGUUGGUUUUUGAGAACCUCAAGGCGAAGAGAAGGGUUAAUGCUGAGUCGGCUUUAUGAGACUGAUCUGGAGGAUGACUGAGUAACAAAGAGCAUGUAGCAGUCUCAUGUGUAUUAUAUUAGAGAACCUAGAUCUGGACCAGGAAGGGACCUGGUGGAUAUCCCGACUCCUUUCAAUAGACGUUUAGACUCCUCUUCGAGAUACUGUCUAGUACAAUUUAACAUGGA